GGGGAAAGAAAUGGGGUUUCCAAGUUGUGUAAUGGGUUCCAUUGUUGUUGUUGCUAUGUUUCUCUCGGUGGCUCAUGGGGACCCUCUUGUUCCUGCACUUUGUAUAUUUGGGGACUCAGUAGUUGAUGCGGGAAACAACAAUAACCUCAAUACACUAGUAAAGGCCAACUUCCCUCCUUAUGGAAGAGACUUUGUCACCCACAAACCUACCGGGAGGUUCUGCAAUGGAAAGCUAGCCACAGACUUCACUGCUGAGUACCUUGGGUUCACUUCAUAUCCACCACCUUACCUAAGCCAAGAUGCCAAAGGGAACAGCCUCUUGACUGGUGUCAAUUUUGCCUCUGCUGCUUCUGGUUAUUAUGACAGGACAGCUCAGUUAUAUCGGUCCAUUUCAUUGAGCCAGCAGGUAGCAUACUACAAGGAGUACCAAAGCAAAGUUGUAAGGAUGGUAGGGAGAGACAGAGCGAAUGCCAUAUUCUCAGGUGCAAUCCACCUUCUGAGUGCAGGCAGCAGCGACUUCAUUCAGAACUACUACAUCAAUCCAUUUCUCAACAGAGCCUACUCUCCUGAUCAGUUCUCAGACAUUCUCAUCAGAUCCUAUACUACUUUUGUUCAGAAUCUGUAUGGACUGGGAGUAAGGAAGAUAGGAGUGACAAACCUACCACCAACUGGAUGUUUGCCAGCAGCCAUCACCCUAUUUGGCUCAGGAAUCAACCAAUGCGUUCCGAGACUGAACGGAGAUGCCUUCUCCUUCAACAACAAACUAAAUAGCACAUCUCAGGAUCUUGUAAGCAAGCUCCCUGGUCUCAAGCUUGUGGUCUUCGACAUCUACCAGCCUCUCAUGGACAUGAUCACUAAGCCCACUGACAAUGGGUUCUUUGAAUCAAGGAGGGCUUGCUGUGGGACGGGUACGAUAGAAACAUCUCUGCUUUGCAAUUCCAGGUCUAUAGGAACAUGCUCCAAUGCUACAGAGUAUGUGUUCUGGGAUGGUUUCCAUCCCUCGGAAGCUGCUAACCAAGUCCUGGCACAGGAUCUCCUUGAACAGGGAUUCGACCUCAUCUCUUAAACAAAUAUAUAUAUAUAUAUAUAUGCCCAUCACACUUGAAACUAUUCUCUACUUUUCACUUGUGUCUUCUACUUACAUUUGUAGAUCUUGUUAGAAAUACAUAGAUUAUCUGGGUGGCUUUAGUUUUUCUAAGAAUUUAGGUUCUUCAAGUUUUAAUUAUAUGCGUGUGUAAACCUCCUUAGC